AUGUUUGAAGAUGUUGAGAUCUGUCAAAGACCGUGUCUCAAAAUUCUCUGGAGUUUGUAUUCACUGCGAAACAAGAUUAGAGAAGAUGGGAGAGCCCAGGAACCAGAACGACUGAACGACAGUCAAGGGGAUAAAAAGCAAGCUGAAACCAAGGAACAAAUUGAGUGCGUAUCUUGCGUGGACAAGUUUAAAUUUUCGGAGGUAACUCGCAUCUUCUGUUCCCACACAUACUGCCGGGGCUGUGUCACAAAAAUGUUUGAAUUAUUCGCCAAGGGAGAAGUCUUGGUGCCACCACGAUGUUGCGGAAAGCCGAUAGCAGGACACUAUGCCAGCUACAUAUUGCAACUUGAAAUGUCCAAAGAUUACCAAGAUCGAAUCCUCGAAUUCAACGACGACAACAAACUCUACUGUUCCAACACGAGCUGCUAUCGAUACAUAUCAUCCAGUAACAGAAACCGUCGAGUCGGAGUGUGCGAGCACUGCAUGACCCGAACAUGUAAAAUGUGCCGGGCUAGGGGACGCUUUGGACCUUGCCAGGAGGACAGCAUCGAUAGCACUCGCAAGAUCAAGAGACCGACAACAGCAAGAUCACAGCAAGCCAAUGGUUUAUCGAAAGUACCGAGGGCCGGACUAAGAAGUCGAAAUUCUCGAAAUCCAUGA